CAAGAUGUGUUUACUUCCGGGUCGAGGCCUAGCGGGGAGCGCGGUUGCCGUGGAAACUGCAGCCAUGGCGGCUCCGGGACAGGUGAGCGGUGUCUCUCAGCGCUUGGAACGGGCGCUUUCAACUGAGUCGUGCAUCACCGCCAGGACGCCAGGGCCCGUCGUGUCUCCCGUGUCCCUGGAUCUGCGCGUCUCGCCGGGACAGGUUGCGGAGCUGCCCGGCAAGAACCUGUGGGAGGAGAUCUGCGAAGAGUAUGAAGCUGAGCUGCCUCCCUUUCCAGAAGGAUAUAAAGCCAAACAAGAAGCUGUUGUUACUGCAUCACCAUCAGAUGAAAGGGUUCUCUACGGCUUCAACACGGAACACCUUUACCCAGCUGCUCCUUUAGCCGUGGUCCCACAAGUAUCCUGUCCUCAAGUUAAACGGGAAACAAUCGACCCAGAAACAUGUUCCCCUAAAGAAUAUUUGGAAACAUUCAUCUUUCCAGUUCUGCUUCCUGGAAUGGCUAGCCUGCUUCACCAAGCAAAGAAAGAAAAAUGUUUUGAGAGGAAAAGAACCAAAUUCAUUGCCUGUGAUUUUCUGACCGAAUGGUUAUACAAUCAAAAUCCAAAGAGGAUAGGGGAGACAUUCACAGAAUUCUUCUCCAUUCCAUUUGUGGAAGAGUGGCUGAAACUGCACCCACGGCCGGCGAUCCCACUCUCCCUCCUGCUGACAGAACCGGCAGCAGCGCUCUGCAUUCAGUCCUUCUGGAGAGCCUAUCUGGUUCGCUGUGAUCCUGAGAUUCAAGAAUUGCGUCAGUGGCAGAAGAAACUGCGUGAGGACAAGCACAUCCGCCAGCGAGUCGAAAUUUUCUGGGCCAAGCAAGAGCAGAAAGCUACAGGGUGACGGGGACACGGUCUGUCUCGUUCAUCAGCCUCGGGCCUCAUUCUUCCUCGUUUGGGGGGUUGUCCUGUGCACUGCAGGGUGUGUAGCAGCAUCACUGGCCUCUACCCACCAGGUGACUGAAGCUCACCCCCUCCCCCAACUGUGACAACCUCCCAAGUUUUUAGACACUGCCAGUGUCCCCUGGGGGGAAAAUCACCAGGAUGAGCGCCACUGGUCAAGUACUAGCAUAAAAGCACACUAGAUGCUUCCUAAAUACUGAGUGAACGAGACUUCUCACCAGGACUCUCCUCUACCCACUGCCACCAGCUCCUUGCUUUUGGAGGGAGCCUGGCCUUGGGAAAGCCAUGCCUGCACAGCUCUGCAGUGAUGUUUCCAGGCGUCUUAAGCCAGACUUACGGCCUUAGCUCCACCCACAGUGAGGCUGUAACCAGCCACCUCCAGGGAAGCUCAGCACAUCCCUGGGGCUUUCUUAAGUAAAUGCGGUAUCGACCACCUCUCUCUCUGCUCCUUGAUGGGAUACGGUGAGCAGCUCUGAUCCUGCCUUGGCCGCAAGGCCAUCAACUGGGAUAAAUUAUUGAUGCUGCAGAAUGAGAAGGAGCCUGGUACUCUAUGGACCAGCUUCUUUGCCUGUAGAUGAAAGAAGGCAGACUGGGAACGGAAGGCAUCUGGCAAGAGAUGCUCCUGAAACAAGCACCCCAGACCCAGGCGAUCAGGCCCAUGGUCCUGCCGCUAUUCGGGGCUCUGCUGCUUCAGUCACUGGAGAGCCACCUCGGCCAUUUACACCUUGUCUACAAACCCACCGUAAGUUAUUUACUUAACUGACUCACCAAGUCCCUGAAAUCGACUCAAAAGGAAACUCAACACAUUGAAAUACUUGUUGAUGGAACUCACGUUGCAUACCCACUGGCAUAUAUCCCAACGUACCACCUUUAAAAAAAUACUGUCCUAGCCAGAGCUGCAUCUCACAAGAGCACACUGGGAAUCAAAGUUUAAGAACCGGAUAUGCUGGAACAAAAUGCCACCAGGCCCCCGACACAGUGCAGUGGGUUUCCCCUAGGCCUCUCAUCAGGAGACUUCUCAGCAAGUGACAGCAAGACACACCCCAGGCGGCCUCUCUAGGCCACACAUCAGCCAGUCUCACCUCCAGCGUGGCCAGGAGAGGACGGGUAGGAAUGCGCUUCUGGAGUCUUGACCACCAACCCUCUCCCCAACUCUCCCACCCACCUGCAGGCCAGUGGUUCUCAACCAGGGGCAAUUUUGAUCCCAAGGGACACUGAGGCAUGUCUAAGGACAUUUUUGGUUGUCACAACUGGGGAGGGCGGGGUGCAAUUGGCAUCCAGUGGGUAGAGUCCAGGGAAGUGGCUAAGCAUCCUACAAUGCCUGAGAUGGCUCUCAACACAAAGGAUGAUCCGGCCCCACAUGUCAACAGUGCUGAGGUUAAGAAAGCCUGGUUUAUACACCGGAGAACAGAGUUGAUGAGGGUGAAGCCAGGAAACCAGCCAGGCCUCAGGUCCUUUCCUCGCAAGAACUUGGCCUUCUUUAGCUGCCUCCCCUCAUUCUCCUGGGGGAAUCUCCUCUCUCCAGGCCUGCCUACAAAUUGGGACUGGGUUCCACCAGCUCGUCCCCCUUCCUGCUUGUCCUUCCAGCCACAACAGGAAACCAGUGUGGAUGAAGAAAAUAACAAGAUGGUGACCACGCUUCUGAAAUUGUGCAGGUUCCUACGGCUGUGGUCCAGGUCUCUAGCUCCGACUCCUUUCUCAGAUGGGAAAUAGAUACACUCUUGCUUUCUGCUUUCAUUCCCAAGGUUGGAACCCUCUCCUUCUGGGGCAGCUGUUGUUUUUGUUGUCCUGCCUCCGUUUCUCUCAUUUCUGAAGAGAGCUCCUGAAUUUCCUUUGGAGAGCCGCCUUGAGCCCCAGCUGCAAGCACCCGACCCAGCCUGGCCAAUCAGAGCAUUUAUCCCACCCUUUGGCCACACUGACUGGUUCAUGAACAGGCACCCGGCCCCAACCAGACCCAUGAGAAUCAGUCUGAGGAUUUUUGCUAGAAUUAACUGGAAAGAGGUUUUCUCUUGUUAUCGGGGUUAAUGAGCUAAAAGGAUAUACACCUGGAGCUGGAGAGGACUUACUUACCAUCACAGGGACAGAACCUGUCUGAGAGUAAAGCUGACUCACAGGAAACGGCCACGUCAUGGACCAGAGUCCUAAUACACAGCAAGGCUGGCUUCAGUUAUGCCUGAAGCCAGAUACCCUGGUCUUUGCAGUUCCAGCAGCCAAUUAACUUCCUUUUUUUGGAUUAAGCCAGUCUGAGAUGGGUUUAUGUUACUUGCUAACAAGGAAGUUCUAUUCUACGUCCCACAUGAUGUGGUCCUCUUCUUCCAGGAAGCCCUCUCUACCCAACAUCCAGGCAGCCAGAGGCUUCCAUAGGGUCCAGUUGUUCCAAGUAGGUCAUUUUCAUUGCUAAAGAUGCCCAUGAGGUGACAGCCAUCGUUCUACAGAACACUGUCCAGGAUGAACAGGAGGGAAGCUACACACCACCUCACGAAAUGACGCUGAGUCCAGCUCAUCUAGGAUUUCUGGGGGGUUCUGCCCUGCAGAGUUUUCUGUUACUGCCAUAGUGACCACGACAAUGACUAUGAGCUCGCACAGGUGCUCACUGUGCACCAGGCCCUCUUCUGUGCGCUUCACAUAUAUUAAUACCUUAUCAUCUGGACAAUGACCCCACGAGGCAAGUUCUAUCACUGUCUCCAUUUUACAGGAAAUAAAACAGAGAAGCCAGGUGGCUUGUCCAAGGUCACAUAGCUAGAAAGCGGUGGAGCCAGGAGACAAACAAUUGUCCUAUUGUUACUGGGCUCUUACUACAGACCAGGGCUCUGGAAAUGUCACACGGUGAGACCUUUGCUGGCCAGUCUAUCUCAAUUAGGUUCCCUCUGCCUCUUUACGCUCUACACCGAUACUCCCGAUCCUUAUCUUCAUAACAUGUGCCACAGUUUUCAAAUAUUUUAUUUGAUUACUCUUUUGGUCUGAUCCCACACACCCAGGCUCUUGUCUAUCUUGUUCUGCACCGAUUCCCCAGUGCCUGGCACAUGGGCAGGGCUCACGGCCCAGUUGCUGAAUCAAUAGACUGAUUAAACGUGGUCUCCAACCCUCAUGUCACCUGGCAGGAAGAUGCUCUCACUGUCAUUUUAUAGAGGAGGGGACUGAGGGCCUGAGAGGCUUCAGUCAAAGUCUGAUCUUCAGACUGGCAACAGCGGCAGCAUCGCCCGGGAACUGGUUAGAAAUGCAGAUGCUCAGCAGUGGGCCUGGCCACCUGUGUUUCCACAGCCCUACGAUAAGCUCCAGGUGUGCUCAGAUGCUUCGGUGCACUGAGGUUUGAGAAGCACGAACAUAUGCAGUGGGGGAGCCUGGAUGAUGGCCCGGCACCUUCCGCCCCACUAUCCCUGCCCCAGGCCCAGGGGGCAGUGCUCACUCACACUCCAUCUCACCCACUGUCAGGUAAGCCCCAUCCUACCCCCUCAGCCACCUGGGGCCGCCCCGCUGCUGAGAAAGGAGCAGCUCUCCAGGAACCCCAAACUGCACAAAACAAGAUUAGAGGUUUGGAGUCAGCCGCAAGGCAGGGCUGACUGGGAAGGGAUGAAUACAUGGCAACAGACCCGUGGGAUGUAGGCAUGCAGCUCCUCAAAAGGAGUAAUGAAUAAAGUGAUGAAUGUGCAAGGCUCGGCUCACAUACUAAUUACUUUGCUGCCAGCCAGGCUCCCAGAAAUGUGACUCAUUCAGACGCUCUUAAAAGCACUGCAUCGCACACGCAGGCCCGCGCACACAGGCCCGCAUGCGCGCGCGCACACACUCUCUCUCUCUCCCCGCAGAGGGGCCAGAAGCUACCGGCAGGUGGUGGAGCAGCAUGUUCCUCGCAAGCUGGGGCCUGCAGAGGCUGGAAAGAAUGCAGGCAAGAUUCCUUGCGCGAGGACAGCGCUGCCUGCCCGAAGGCCACAAGCAGGGCUGCUUCUCCCAGGCUCAAUCCCGGCCAAGCAGCAGAAACUUCCGGUUUCAAGUUCUGCCCCUGGCACUUGCGAGAACCCUGUGACCAUGGGCGGCUGACUUAACCUUACUAGUCUCGGUUUCUUCAUCUGCAAAAUGGGGGUGAUAAUACCCAUCUUCCAGCGUUCUUGUGAGGAUUAAAAUAAUUAAUAAUUAGAGUUUAGGACAACAGAUAGCAUGGGGUAAGCACUUAUAUAAAGUGUUAAAUAAAAGAUUGGCAAAUGCUCUGAGGUUAUGAACUUUUCUGACUUUGCUUUUCCAGGAGGGGUGGUUGCCAUGGAGAUGGGGCUGAAACAGGGGCUCACCCAGGUGUUUGUCCACCACUGGUUUCCAGCCUCCCCAGUCACACACCAAGCAAAGA